AUGAACGACCCGGGUCUUGCCGAACCGAUCGAUAAUGCUGACAGUCAGGUCAAAGAAAACGUCCUUUCUCCCAAGAAGAAAUCGCCCGAGGACGAUAUGGACGAGGAAGAGGAGGAGAGGAACUUCUUGACACCUGCAAGGUGGUGGUAUGCGUCAACUGGUUUUCCACUGAUCGCAGGCACUUUCGGUCCUAUGGCAAACGCCUUUAGUAUUUGUGCUCUUGUUGAGAAUUGGAGAGUCAAGAUCCCGCCUGGCGGAACAGAGGAGCAUGGGAUUGACAUCAAGGAUCCGAGAUGGUUAAUAGCUGUAAAUGCGAUAUCCUUGGUCUGUGCUCUCAUUGCCAAUGUGUCGUUGCUCCUCAACAUGGCACGUCGAGUACCGUUCGAGGUCGCCCAACCCAUAACCAUCAUAGGCUUCUGGACCGCGUCGAUCCUGCUCAUCGCCCUCAUCGCCGUUGCUUCCCACCAUUUCCAUGCCCCGGGAGUAAGGGAUCAGGCUUUAACGCAGGCGUAUUACUAUGCCAUCUUUGCAGCGGGCCUUUACCAAAUUAUAUCAUAUCUGAUGUGUGUUACCGUCUACGGCGCGUACAAGGGCUAUUACAGUCGAGAGUUCAAACUUACAGUAGCUCAACGUACCUUGAUGCUUCAGACAAUCUUAUUUCUCACGUAUCUGCUUCUGGGGGCUCUAGUUUUCUCACAUAUUGAAGCUUGGAAGUUUCUCGAUGCAGUGUAUUGGGCCGACUUCACGACACUAACUAUCGGAAUCGGUGCUGAUUAUACACCAAAAACACAUUUGGGCCGAGGGUUACUCUUUCCAUUCGCCAUUGGAGGUAUCAUCAUCUUGGGUCUGGUUGUCAGCUCUAUCAGGUCACUGGUUCUAGAGAGAGGGAAAAAGAAGCUGGCCGCCCGGCUGACCGAGAAGACUCGAGCAAGGUUGGUGAGAGAGAUUGAGAAAUCAAUGCAGAAACAGAUCGACCUGAAACGCCAAAUCGCCAUGGGCCUCGGAAAAGCUACCGCCGACGCGCUCACUGUCAAACCUGGGGACGAUCGAAUGGCUGAAAAAGACAGAAGAAGGGCCGAAUUCGAAGCGAUGAGAAAGGUGCAGGAUCGUGCGGUAACUCAACGAAAAUAUAUGAGUCUUGGGAUUUCUUCCUUUGCAUUCGCCUUCUUGUGGUGUAUAGGUGCAUUGGUGUUCUUCCGGUCUGAACACAAUCAGCAAUGGACAUAUUUUGAGUCGCUAUACUUUUCAUACACCACUCUUUUGACUAUCGGCUAUGGCGACUUUCAACCUAUCAGCAAUAGCGGCAAGCCCUUUUUCGUGUUCUGGUCCCUCCUGGCGGUACCGACCUUGACCAUCUUGAUAUCCGACAUGGGGGACACCGUGGUUAAGGUCAUCAAAGAUUCCACAAUCUGGCUUGGAGAAGUGACUGUGCUGCCGAGUGACGAGACCAGUAUGAAAAAUCGGCUCAAGUACGGCAUCUACAGAUCUACUUGGGGCAAGUUGGGUUCACCUCAUUCCGAUGUUGAGAGCGUGGAAGGAGAACAAAAUGGGUUUCAUGAGUUGCAUCCUGGGUUGGUGAAGCUAUUUCGAAUUGGCAGUGGCGGGCGACAACAGGACACAAGAGCACGCGCCGAUCAUGCCGAACUAGCAGGAGACGUUGAGCAGUCAAAACGAGUUGAUGAGAGCCAAGCUCGCAAAGGAGGAAGUCAUUGGGAAGAGAAUGAGCACAAUAACCGGCAUGUCUUACUCUCCCAGAUCCGGAAGGUGUACACCGACACUACAGCCUCAACGCCGAAGCGAUACUCUUAUGAUGAGUGGGUAGACUUUCUCAAGCUCCUGGGCGAGGACGAGCGGGACCCUACGACACACAGACAUGCGUCCGCGCUCGCAGACCCCACGUUUCGCCAGGGCGAUACGACUGUCGAUAAUAGGAAGGUGCUAGAUCUGGGUGGACAGGAAGGAGCGUACGGCAAGGGCAGCGACAAGAAGAAAAAAGUCAAAUGGAGCUGGAUCGGCAACAGGAGUCCGCUGAUGGGAGACAAAGAGGAGGCCGAAUGGUUGUUGGAAAGGCUGUUUGAGAAGCUGGAAGAAAGCCUCCGCAGAGAACUGGACGAGAGAGAGGAAGAACAAGAAGGGGCGAAAAAGAAACCAAAGCGGCGUAUUAACUCCAUUGCCGAUCAAGAGGACACUUGUACCUCUGGUAGCGAGGAGUCUUCUGACACCACACGGUGCAGGGAGAGUGGACAGACAGAGCAAGGAGGAGGAGCAGGAGGAGGAGGAGGAGGAGCAGAAGAAGAAGAAAGAAAAGAUCCCGUCCGUACCCGAUGA